AUGGGUGUUCAUGGGCUUCUCGGUGCGAUCUGUGAAGGUGAGAAUGUUACGACAUAUUUGCGAUCAGAAGGUACACGACUGAUGGAGUUUGCCAUUCACAGCAUCAAGAACGUGACGUUGAACAUGUGUGCUAAUGCUUGCUCAACAAAUACUGAGGGCCAUGAGUGUUCAUCAUUCGAAUACGAUGCUCGAUCUCAGGAAUGUUCUAUCCAUGCGGAGGAUGGACAGCCGUUUGGCGCCAGCGUUCUAACGAAGACCAGCGGCCCGGUUGCUUUUUUUCAACAGGUGUGCGUCAGAGGUGAUGCACUUUGUUCCACACCUUAUGGAUUUGAGAGAUAUCCACAAAGCCUGCUCAUCGGCCAUGCAAUGAAGGUAGUUCUUACUGAAGGGCUGUCAGAGUGCUUGUCCCGAUGUCUAGCAGCUCCGACAUCACUUCAUACGCAAUGCCGCUCGGCGAUGUUCUUCUACGAAACCGGCGAAUGCAUUAUAAAUCGUGAACGUCGCAGUGACUGGCCGGAACUGUUCAUCGAUGGAGUGCAGGAUCAGCUCGUCGAUUAUUUCGAAAAUAAUUGUCAAGAUGUGCACUGCUUCAAUGGACAACUGCAUUGGAUUCGGACCGAGGAGUACUUCAUCAACCACGAUAAAGACGUGACAAUCGAAAGUAUGAGUCUUGAAGAAUGCAAAGCUGUUUGCGAGGAAAAUCUCGUGGGAACAGAAAAGUUUCCCUGCAGAGCAUUCGUCUAUAAUGCUGCCAAGAAGGAAUGCCAUCUAACUGCUGAUGCUGGUUACACCGGGAGACGAGGCAGUUCGUUCAACUUGAAACCGAUUUCAAGUGGAGAGUACUUUGAAAAGUACUGCUUACAAGUACCCAUCGCUUGCCUUGAAGCUUCUUACGAGCAGGUUCCAGACAGAACAAUGACUUCAAAGCCAUACAAGGAAUUCAGCUCUACAAGUGUGCACAACUGCUUAGCAAUAUGUCUGCAGGAUGGCGUACAGUGUGCUGCAGCCGUGUUCAAUUAUGAAAAGGAUCGCUGCUCACUGUCGGAGACUUCCCAGUUUUCACAUCCAGAACUUUUCGUGAAGGCAGAAAACAUGGACUAUUUCGACAAAAUUUGUGAUCCAGUAGUCUUGGCUAAACACCGUACGGAAUCCAGUGCUGAACGCGAUGCCGUGGCUGAUGGUGUGGCCUCGCUGUCACUUGAACCAAACGAACAACACAACGUGGACGACCGUGUGACGUCAUUGAGUCUGGCUGAUGUCGAAGAAGUUUCGAAAGCAGUCGAAUCUGUCACGAGCUCAAGCCCGUCGCAUGACUUCAAGUCAAAUGUUGUGGAACGAAAGGAAGCACUGACUGAAGGCACUGUUAUCGAUGAUACAGCUGAUUUCUUGAAAGAACAGAAGUCUCCUGUGAAAGCCAGACUUACGACAGAAUGUCUCACGUCCGGCGUGACCGUAAAAGUGGAGUUUGCGUCAAAAACUUCGGGCGCCAUUUACAUAAAGGAGAAGUUUGCCACCUGCCACACAGAGUUCACUAAUGCCACACAGGUCGAACUGCAUAUACCAUUCCCGCGAAGUGAUGAGCCUGAUCCAAGGUGUCCGGGUAUAGAAAUUGUAGGUUUUUCUAUAUCAGCAUACGCUGAUUUUACAUACAUGUGA